AUGAUUUUCGAGGCUGCUCUGGGCCUAGUCCGGCAAUCCCUCGCCACUCCUGUGCAGAAACCGGUUUGGGAAAUGAGGCUUGCUUCUGCCCUCUCUCGCCAAGUGGCUUUGGAGCCCCAAGAGCGAGCCCGUCGCUUCUUCCCUGCUCCCUGCUGGAGACCGGACCGCCAUGACAGGACGGGGCCGGGCCUCUCCUCGCAAACUCUUGCCUCCUGUCUGCGAGGCUGGACCUGGACUGAACGGGGGGCCCGCCGCGGCUGGAUCUAUCUACUAUCUCGCUCCUACUACACGAUGCCUCCAGGAGUCAGUAUGGAUACAAUGGAUACAGGCAGCAAGUUAUGGAUGGAUGGCCAUGAUGGAUAUGUGUGCUAUGACAUGACCAUGAUCACCGCGGACCCUGCUGACAGGCCGGCAGCGUUCGUUCGGAGCAACUGCCUAAAUAUCGCAGGUCGUUCUCGACGCUUCAUGCGCAGCUCCUCGCUACGACACUCCUCCCAGGUCACGCUGUCAACUGCCGCCCCUGCUGCUGCAUCUUGUCUGCCUACACUCAUUCAUAAUGGCUUACUACUACACACCUUCACAACUGCCACUUGCUGGGGCUGCUGGUGGGAUGCUGUCAAAACCACUCCCGAGGUGGGGUCUGGAGCACCUGGAGCACUUGUCAAGGUCAAAGCAAGAUACUAUCUCCUCCUCUAA